ACAGACGUACGCAUCAGCAGUGCUGAGCCUGCCAUGGAGUGUGCCACGGAGGACUUUGCGGCCGUGCUGCGCAAGGUGUCCUUCGUGGUGAACGGCUACGUCAGCUUCAAGGUGCCGCGCUGGGAGGCCUUCGACCCCAUGUCCCCGGCCCUGGAGCUGCCGCCGGCGGCGGACAUGAUGACUUUCCUGGACUCGCUCUUCGUGGUGGCGGUGACCUCUGGAUUGAGGCAAAUGUUCCCAGACGUCGCCAUACCCCCGACAACGCUGUUUGACUCCCCCACCAUUGAGAAGCUCACGCAGGCCAUCAUUGACAGGGGCCCCUUCCCCCUGCGAUCUGUGAGCCCUCCAGCCGAUCAGCAGAAUCCGCAAUCACACCCUGCAGCGGCCUCUGCCGCCUUCACUCAGCUGACCAUGUUUACCCGACCCGCGCCGGUGGACUGUGCGCGGGUCUACUCUGAGACGGACUUCGCGGAUCGCUUCGUGCGGAACAGGGACGGCAUGGAGUGUGUGCUCCUCCCGGCGGCCACGGCGCAAAUCGGCUGCGACGCCACCGGCCUGGCUCGGGAGAACGAGCAGCCCAUGCACGUGGUGCGGCUGGACAGCUUCCUCGUGGACGUGGAGCCUGUGAGCGUGGGGGCCUUUGUGCGGUUUCUGAACCUCGCGCGGCCGGGCCCCACGGAGCUGUCGGACUGGUGCCUGCUGCCACCGACCGACAAGCGGCACGGCUUUGUGCCGCUGCAGGCCGCGGCGAACGGCGGCUGGGAGGCGAAGAUGGGGGUUCCGCUGAGCUGGCCCAUGAUCCUAGUGUCCUGGUACGGCGCCAACGCUUAUGGGCUCUGGGCCCAUGGCAGGGACUGGGCCAACUACAAGUCCGAAGGCUUUCUGCCUACGGAGGCUCAGUGGGAGUACGCUGCGCGGGGCAGCGAGUUUCGGGACUUCCCCUGGGGCAGUGGGGCCGAGCCGGGGCAGCUGAAUGUCUCCUGGGAUGAGAUGCCGGCACCAGAGAGAGUCCAAGAGCUGCCGCUGGAGCCGGUGAACAAGCUCCUGGGACUGUCGCCUUUCGGGCUACGUGGCAUGGCCGGGAACAUUUGGCAGUGGUGCCGUGACACUUACGACCCCGACUUCUACCGCUCAAAGCAGGCGGGUGAAGCUUGGAAUUCCGCGGAGGGUCCCUACCGAAGCGAGCGUGGGGGCAGCUGGGUGGGCGACUCCUCACUGGCCCGAAGCAGUUCCAGGAGGGGCCGCGUCCCUGAAGCCAAAGGCCGGUGCCUGGGCUUUCGCUGCGCCGCGCCCCUGGAGGUUUUGGACGAGCGGUCCCUUUGCCCGGAAGGUGCCUGACUUUCUGUCAAGGACGCACAGGUUGGCCAAACGCGUCACCGGCGUUGCCCCGCCAAAGGCCCGGGCAGAGUUGGAGGCACCAGCGGAACGUUCAACGCAAGCCCCAAGAGGGGGCAGCGGUGUAGCCAAAGGGCUUUUGGAUAUCCUCCUCUCCAUUACCAUGGAACCCAC